GUUUAAUUUACGUCUUUGUUUGAAUUGUUUUCCAGUCACAAUUGAUUUGCAAGCGAUCAACAAUCAAUAAAUUGCAUUCACAUUGGCCAAAUGAUCAAGUUAAUUCAUAUGUAUGUAUGUGUGUGUGUCUACCUGAGAUUGUAAUUAUCUUUUAAAUUAUCAUAAUCAUCGGUAUUAAAUCAUUUAGCAAGAAAAAAAUACCCAAUAAAAUGAGAUUUUGUAUUGUUUGAAAAAUGGAAACAAUCAACUAAUCAUCAACAAUCAAGGUAGGCCAAGGUGUUGGAUGUGCUUUUUAUGUGAUGGUGAAUUAAAUUUUAAUCACUAUUAACCUUGGCAGGACAAUUUGUUGAUUCCUUACCACUCCUACCAAACAAUUUCACUUUUACACCAUAACAAUCAACACCUUUUGUCUUAAUUCAAUUGAUUACCAACAAUCAACCAACUAUUAGUUAAAUCUCAUCUUUAAUUCACUUUUUUUUCAAUCUCUGUAAUUAACUCAAACUAAUUUGUGAUUUGUUGAACAAACUAAAUAUAUCAUCAACCUUUCAAUUUGAUUAUCAUCAUUGUUGUGUCCAUAUAAACUUCAUUCAAAGUGACCAUUAGCUUAAUCAAAUUGAUCAACAAUCAAAAACUAAAUCAUCAUGAAUUUCAUGAAUGUAAAUCGUUUGACAUCAUCACCAUCAUUGUUUUCAUCAAAUUUAAUUGUGAUUAAACUGAAACGUUUUCAAAGAGUAAACUGGACAACAACAUUGGUCAGUUUUUUGUUUCUUUCAUGUUGUGUUAACUUGACCAGUGGUCAAUCAAAUGACCCACAGGUAACACUCAGUCAAGGUGUUGCCUUGGGCAAAAGGAUGUACACACUAACGGGUCGCCCAUUUGCUGGAUUCUUGGGCAUACCCUAUGCAAACCCACCGGUGGGUCAACUAAGAUUCAAGAAACCAAUUCCUUAUGGUGGUUGGCGGGGUAACGGUAAUUUCCAACAGUAUCGACCAGGAUGUCCUCAGUACGAUUCCAGGGGGUCACUUUAUGGUCAGGAAGAUUGUCUCUACCUUAAUGUUUACGUUCCCAUGGUUGAUAGACGGACUCAAAGUGGCCUUUUACCUGUGAUGGUUUAUAUCCAUGGUGAAAGCUUUGAAAAUGGCGAUGGGUCAAUCUAUGGACCUGAAAAAUUGAUGGAGAAACAAGUGAUUGUAAUUACUUUUAAUUACAGACUUGGAAUUUUAGGUUUUCUUAGCACUGAAGAUGAAAUUGCAACGGGAAAUUGGGGCCUUUAUGAUCAAAAACUUGUCCUCGAUUGGAUUCAACUCAACAUAAGAUCUUUCGGAGGUGACCCAGGUCGAGUUACUAUUUUCGGGCAAGGUUCGGGAGCAGCAUGUGUAUUUUUCCAUCUAAUGUCUCGUCUUAGUCAAGGUACUUUCCAUCGAGCAAUUAUGCAAAGUGGCUCUGGUUUGUGUCAUUGGGCUUUAGAGAGACAUCCCCUUGAGUAUGCGAAAGAGAUUGCAGAUAAUAUCGGUUGUCCUACAGCAACAUCGUUGACACUUGUUGAUUGCCUUCGAUCUGUUCCAGUUGACAAAAUUUUAAAAGCCCAAACAAGAGGAAAGAUAUUCGGUGAAUUUCCUCAGAGAGCAGCUCCAACAAUUGAACGAUUUGGACAAGAUCGUUUCCUUGAUCAAGAUCCAAGAACAUUGCUAAACAAUUAUCCCUACAAUAAGAUUCCCGUGAUGAUUGGAUUAAAUAAGGAUGAAACAUCUUUCUUUUAUCCAUUAAUAGUUUCACACUUUCGUUCCAAUUAUGGUGAAGAUCGGGAAAGAAAAUUGAUUGGCAGGUUUCUCGAGGCAGCAACUCCAUUUAAAGAUUCUCGAAAAGAUCGACUUAUAUUUCCAGUAUUAAGCCAAUAUUUUGAUUACAUUGACACUAAUAAUGUAUCACAAUUUACUUCUGCCUUUGUCAACAUGUCAACCGAUGCCUUAUACUCAAGUUGCAUUGACGAAACGGCCAAAUCACUUUGGGGAGCUGCAAUUCCUGUUUAUGUUUACCUGUUUGAUUAUAAAGGAGAAAACAGCAUGAUUAAAAUACUACUCAAUAAUUCACCAACAGUGAUUGAUACCGGUGUUUGUCAUGGAGAUGAAUUGUUUUACCUUUUCAAUCUUGAAAUGGAUAAAACGAAAACACCAAGUUUUCAAGAUACACGAACCUCCCAACGAUUAAUUACUCUUUGGACUGAUUUUGCUACUUACGGGUAUUCACCGAAACUGGAAACCUAUGAUUAUCCUCGAUGGGAAAAAUUUGACCCAAUCAAGUUGAACUUUUAUCGUAUUGGUUCAACACUCCGACCUGAUUAUAUUUUCCGUCAGGAGCAGGCCUACUUUUGGUCAAUCGGUUUGCACAAUUUGUCCACAAACGGAGCGCUCUCAUUGCCAAUUACACGGGUCAAUCCAUCCGAAGUGUCUUACAAAACACUGGCCUGGUCAAUGGUCGCUCUUUCGGCCACACUCUUGAUCUUAAUUUUGCUUCUUCUUCUCGUCCUUUACAUUCAACGACGACGACAAACCUUUGAAACCAAUUCCAUAGACGCAAACGGAAGCCACAUAUCAGCUCGAUCGUCCAACUUUUAAUAAAUGAACUUCAUUUUUUUUUAUACUAAUCAUUUGUAUUUAGAUUAAUCAUUAGAUGCAUUUAAAAUUUGAAAUGAUUAAGAUGAUGAAUUCAUCAUUAGAUUUAAUCACAAUUGAAAAGGAAAGAAUAAGAUUAAAAGUGGAAAAAGAAAGUGAAAUUAAAAUGUAAUGAAAAACGUUAA